CUACCACUGUACCUUAGUGAAGACGUGUAACUGGACAAUGAGGGUUGUUCUUGGUUUGCUGUUGUUGCUGCUCGGUCUGUGUGGCUCAGGGGCUCAGGGGGAGGGUGGAGGCCUCGACGAGAGGGGUGCAGUUGAGGAAUCGUCAGAGCAGACCACAAAGCAAACCACCACUGACAUCUGGGCAGAGGUGAGGGCCCUGAGAGACAUGGUGGUGGAGCUCAAGGUGGAGCUCAAGGUGGAGCUGAGGAACAUGGAGGCCAGAGUGAAGGACAGUGAGAGCCAGGUGAAUGAACUGAAGGCUGAGCUGAUGGUCACCAAGGUGCAAAUGGAGCUGCUGCAGAGAGAGAAUUCUGUCCAAGCUACACAACUGAUCUCUCUGGAAACUAGACUGACUGCCACUGAGAGCAAAACAAGUGACCUAGAGAAACAGAAUGCAGACUUGCAGACCAGACUGAGUACCAGUGAGAGUGAACUUCUCGUCAGUAAGUCCAGGAUUGACCAGCUGGAGAGAGAAAAUGAAGUCCAAGCCACACAACUGAUCUCUCUGGGAACUAGACUGACUGCCACCGAGAGCAAAACAAGUGACCUAGAGAAACAGAAUGCAGCCUUGCAGACCAGACUGAGUACCAGUGAGAGUGAACUUCUCGUCACUAAGUCCAGGAUUGACCAGCUGGAGAGAGAAAGUGAAGUCCAAGCCACACAACUGAUCUCUCUGGAAACUCGACUGACUGCCACCGAGAGCAAAACGAGUGACCUAGAGAAACAGAAUGCAGACUUGCAGACCAGACUGAGUACCAGUGAGAGUGAACUUCUCGUCACUAAGUCCAGGAUUGACCAGCUGGAGAGAGAAAAUGCAGUCCAAGCCACACAACUGAUCUCUCUGGGAACUAGACUGACUGCCACCGAGAGCAAAACAAGUGACCUAGAGAAACAGAAUGCAGACUUGCAGACCAGACUGAGUACCAGUGAGAGUGAACUUCUCGUCACUAAGUCCAGGAUUGACCAGCUGGAGAGAGAAAGUGAAGACUUGCAGACCAGACUGAGUAUCAGUGAGAGUGAACUUCUCGUCAGUAAGUCCAGGAUUGACCAGCUGGAGAGAGAAAAUGCAGAGAAACCAAAGGUGGUCUUUUACACAGCUCUGACUAAUUCAGGACAAGUUGGACCAUACAACGCUGACAUCACACUGAAAUACAGUAAGGUCUUCACCAACAUUGGCAAUGCUUAUAAUCCAGCUACAGGUUUCUUCACAGCACCAGCGACAGGGGUCUACUAUCUCCAGUUCACUGUGUUUGGUCACAACACAAAUGCGAUGGGUCUACAAGUGUACAAGAAUAACCAGAGUAUUAUGCAUAAUGGGGAUUUGCAGCAAGAUGGGGGUUCUGAGUAUCUCACUAACUCUCUUGUUUUGAAGCUGAUAGCAGGAGAUAAAAUUCACCUUGUUCUCCCAUCAGGCUAUUCACUUUUUGACAAUGCAGGUCACCACAGUACCUUCAGUGGCGCCCUUCUCUUCCCAAUGUGAUGAUGUUGUUAUUGGCUGCACUGUGAUUCUUUAGAAAUGCUGAUAUAUAUCAGCUCUGCUGCAUCCAAUACAAAAAACACUCUGUACACUUAGUGAAUGUAUCAAUAAUGUGAUUCUGAAUCUGACCUCCUUCUUAUGUCGACAACAACAACAACAUUCAAAUAAAUCAACGAUUCAUCAAA